UGUCCUGCAGGUCAGAGGACGCUGCAGCACUGUGGAGAUGUCCUUGACACUCAGGUGGUCCUGAAUCCAGCUCACGACUUGGUCUGCUCCGAGGUGCGGCGGCUGGUCUGUGACUCGUCUCGACACAAACUUCUGAUUCUGGCCGGUCAGUGUGUGGAGGAGUCUGGAGACCUCGUGUUACAGAGAGGCUGUUUCUCCCUCAACCACCUCAUCAAUAUCUUCACCGACCACGAGGUUGCAGAGUGUCUGCGCUCAUCCGACGUGAAGUCUAGUCUCACCCUCAGCUGUCCAGACUUCGGCCUUUGGAGACGCUCUGUGCUGGACAAACAUCACCUGCAGGACUACAUCAGCGUCCACAUCAACCCUCCCCCCGUCCUACCACAGAUGGAGGGGCUGCAGGAGUUCACUGAGUACCUGUCCGAGUCUCUGGAGCCCGAGUCCCCCUUCGACCUGCUGGAGCCGCCGAGCACCGUGGGGUUCCUGAAGCUGUCACGGCCCUGCUGCUACAUCUUCCCUGGGGGGACGGGCGACUCCGCCUUCUUCGCCGUAAACGGUUUUAACGUGCUGGUGAACGGCGGCUCUGAUCCCCGCUCUUGCUUCUGGAAGCUGGUCCGACACCUGGACCGAAUCGACUCCGUGCUACUGACUCACCUCGGCGUGGACAACCUGCCUGGCCUCAACAGCCUGCUGCAGAGGAAGCUGGCGGAGCAGCAGGAGGAGGAGGAGGCUGCCGGGUCUCAGAUCGAGGAGGACUGGAUGAAGAACCUGAUCUCGCCGGAGAUCGGGGUGGUGUUCCUCAACGCUCCCGACAGACUGAAGUCCUUGCAGGGCGACCCCGGCGAGCUGCGCAGCUGCGACCAGGCGGCCCUCACCCUACAGCUUCUACAGAGACUGUCCAUCAGACCUGAACCCCUCAGCCGGCCCAGUGGAUCCAGUACAGAACCAGUCAUCCUGUUCCAGAAGAUGGGAGUGGGCCGUUUGGAGCUAUACCCUCUGAACCCAGUCACCGGCAGCAAACAUCUUGAGGCUUUACUACAGCUUUGGCCAAACGAUGGCUCAAAGGGUUCAGAUCUGCCGUUGCCAUGCCUCACGUCCAUCUGUGCUCUGCUGGUCUGGCAUCCAUCCAGUUCUCAGGAGAAGAUCAUCCGGGUCCUCUUCCCUGGCUGCACGCCGCAGACCAAAAUCCUGGACGGACUCGAAAAACUCAAACAUCUGGAUUUCCUCAAAUAUCCAGUGGUGUGUUUGAAGGACCUGGAAACAUUCAGAACUGAGAGACAACCAAAACGAGCAGAGAGUCGGGAAAGCCUUAAGUCCCUAUCCAAGGACACCAGACCCACCAGUACCUUGCUGAAAGACAAGAGCACACGUGUCGACGUCAAGAAACAGGAGCUGAAGACGAAGCCAAAGGCAGCAGGAGAAUCUGUGCUAAAAGACAAGAAGGAUGCGGAUGAGAAGCCCAAACUGAAGGACGCAGAUGCCAAAUCUAAACCACUGAAACCUGCAGAGAAGAUUGUCCCAAAGAAAGAUUUGUCAAAAGAGGAGAAAAAGGAGGUGAAGAAGAAGGAGGAGAAGGUUGCUGCUGCUGUGAAGAAAGAGGAGUGCGCUGAGAAGAAGAAAGAAGCUGUGAAGAAGGAAACUGUUGGUACAAAACCAAAGAAAGACGUCAAAGCUGAACCAAAAAAAGACAGCAAAAAGGAUGUGAAACCAGAUGACAAGAAAAUGACAAAAACUGCAGUGAGAGACGUGAAGAAGAUGACGAGUUCAGCUCCGACAGGAAGUUCAGACGGAAAGAAAGGUUCAGGGAAGAGCGGUACACUGAAGAAAGACGGGACACUCCCAAAGAAAGACACGCUGAGCAAAGGGUCGAAAGGAAAAGCAGGUCCAAAGGAGCAGGAGAACCAGAAGGAGGCAGACCUGUCAAAAGUGUCCACACUGGACAACAUGUCGGUGGAGUUUGAGAGACUUCGACUGGAAGACGCCAACGGGAACAACGGGCAAAAUGCCAACAUCACCGCAGACGUCCACUCUGAUGGAUCCAAUGGGAACCAGACCGGGACAGGCGGGAGUCCAGAGAAGUUUCACUGUAUGGAGAAAGAUCAAAUCUCUGCUGGACAUACACCUGUCCCUCCGUCCUCCUCCAAGGACAUUCAGGGUUUAGGGCUGAGAAGGUCAAGCCUGGGCUUUGAGGAGUUAAGUCAGGGAGGUGGAAAGACCUCGGAGCUCAAAGAUGGUUUGGAGAACUCGGUAUCCUCCUCUCAGGACAGACAGUCCAGUCUGAGGAUGCUCAGUCCUCUUAGAGACAUUUUGCCUGACUCCUCCCCCACCAUCACCUCUCUGCCGGCGGAGGUCAGCUCUCCUCACUCCACCGAGGUCGAGGACUCCCUUUCGGUGUCUUUGGAGCAGACAGCAUCCCCCAGAGGACCCCUCGGAGACAGAGUCCAUUCUAAUGGACACGUUGGGGACUCCUGCCCUCUGAGGUCAAACAGGAAUGGACAGUGUGUAGGUGGGGAGGAGGAGCGGGUCUGUGGGCUGUCGGAGCUCCUCUUAGAUGUCCCUCAUGAUGUGGACCUCUGCCUUGUGUCGCCCUGUGAGUUCCAGCACCGCCACAUUGGCCCCGGCCUCGCCACCGCCUCCCCCAACUGCUCCGACAACAACCACUCACAGGACCCCAGCAGCAGUGACGGCCCCUUAGCCUACAGUCAGGAGACUCCGCCCACCCCGGUCAGCGACUCCCUCCUGAUGACCACGGACUCUGAUGUCCCCCCUUGCACAGACGACUGUCCCUCCAUCACUGCAGAUUCCGACUCUGAGGACGACUCCGGCCUUCUGUUUUCGCCAACUCACCUGCAGGAUCACCUGAUGCCACACUACAGGGGGGGUCAUGACCCACCGCCAGCCCCCGUCAAAGACCUUCCUCCGUUACCGUCGCAGCCCGGAGCCUGCAUGGCUGAUAGCGAGGGUGGUCGUAGUCUGAAGCCUGCCACUGCCAAGACCAAGAAAUCCAUCGGGAUUGCUCAGAGGGUGGCUUCUGGAGGUGCUGCUGCCCAGAACGGGAGGUCGAAGGCCGGCAGCUCUACGGGCUCGCUGAAGAUGACAGCCAGCAUUGACACCAAGCCGUCCUCACGAAAUUCACUGGGAGGCUCUAGAAUUGCAGCUGCAAAAGUCUCAUCAUCAGCUUCCAGAGCUGCUGGUUCUUUGGGUUCUGAGGGUUCUGCGGUGUUUGUGGAUCUGGCCUACCUGCCCUCCGGCUGUGCCUCGUCCUCCGUGGACCAGGAGCUGUUCCGACGUCUGCGUUCCUCCUAUUACAUUAUCAGCGGAGACGACCCCGUCAAAGAGAAGGUGAUGAGGAGCCUCCUGGAUGCUCUGCUGGACGGCAAGAGCAGCUGGCCCGACAUCCAGGUAACCCUGAUCCCCACCUUUGACUCGUUGGCAAUGCAUGAGUGGUACCAGGAGACGCAUGAGCGGCAGAGGGACCUGUCAGUCACCGUGCUGGGCAGCAACAGCACUGUCGCCAUGCAGGACGAGACCUUCCCUGCCUGCAAGGUCGAGUUCUGAGGCCCUGCCCGCCGAGGCCCCGCCCACAGCUGACCUCUGCAUGGUGGAGACAGAGUGACCGUUGCCAUGGUUACAUCCUGACCAGACCAAUGACAGGAUAAGCUUUAUCAGCCCUGCCCUCUUCAGGAGCGUGUUCAGUUACUCCCCGCUUUUAUUAUGAAGGUUCCCCACACAGGAAGUCCAGACACUUUAAUUACAAACAGUUUCCUCUAUACAUUCCCUGCACCACCACUUCUUGUCACUUCCUGUCUCCUCCUGUCACUUCCUGUCACCUCCUGUCACUUCCUGUCACCUACUGUCCGCUGGAUCAGCACUUCAACUUGCGACUAACAAACGUUAGCAUCGGUCUGGAUUUGAACUCUGAAGUUGUUUUGUUUUAAAGUUUUAUGUAAUUUUAAACGGAGAGAGAAAAAACCUGAAAUAUUAAAAACGACAAAGAGACACACAGGUAAUGGCAGCUAACAGCUAACUGCAGCUAACAUCGACUACUAGCUGAUUUCAGCUGAUGUUAGCUGUUAGCUGAUGCUGGCUGCUUUUUGCUGUAAGCUGCUUAUGUUAGCUGCUGUUAGCUGCUUAUGUUAGCUGUUAACUGCUGUUAGCUGCUGUUAGCUGUUAACUGUGGUCAGCUGCUUUUAGCUGCUGUUAGCUGUUAGCUAAUCAGGUGAGCACUGAGUGGUUGUCUGCACGGCGCUCAGACUUGGGUGACUCAGCAGAAAUUGAUGCUGAAAUGAUCGUUUGUUUUGUGUGCGGUUUGUAGUUUAAAGUCAAAGGUCAAAGUAUCGUCAGCAGCUCUGCGGGUCGACCUGCGUCCGUGGCGAGCGCUGGACAGCAUUCAGUCCGGUCUCCUUGGUUACAGAUGUGUGACAUCAGUCGCAGGGCGAACCGACAGAAAACAGAAACUGUGACAGGAAGUCACCGCGCUCGUCAGACGGCAAAGAAAGUGAUGUCACUGAUGAUGUCAUCAAUAUCCUUAAAAGAAUCUGAGAGCCAGAAAACAGCUGAUCUUCAUCAUCAGCUGAUCUUUGUCUCUUCAUCACACUAACGUGAUGUUUGUUGUUGUUUUGUUCGGCGGUCGGUCGUUCUCUGUGUCUGGUAGUUUUUAAUGGUCAGCUGAUGUUUUUCUCAUCAUGAGGUCAGGAGAGCGACAGUCUGUCGUCAUGGCGACGUGUUGUCGUGCUGACAGUCUUUGUUUUUAAUGAUUAUCUGAUCUUUUUCUCCUCAUCAUGGAAUAUUUGAACUCUCAGAUCUUUAAAUCCCAUUUUUUAAUUUUCUCUCCCGAUUUUUGUCUCAGAGUCGCUGAAUUUUUGCGGUGAUUAACAAACAUUGUCUCCAUGGUAACGGGAAGUUUCCUCCUCAGUAAAAUGUUAAUGAAGUUCUGAUCCAGCAGCGUUUGUGAUGUUCACAGCUAAAUUUCUGGAACCACAUGAUGCUGAUGAUGAUGUCACUGCAUGUUGAUGAUGAAGGUGAAGACUGAAAGAUCUCUGAACACUACAUUUCCCAGGAGCCUCGGCUGCUGCCUUCUGCACAAAAUCUCAAAGAGAGUUGGAGAGUGAAGGAGCUCUCUGAUUGGAGGCUUCCUGCAGCACGCUCUCGGGGGUUUGUAGUAUUUCAGAUGAUUCAAUCAA